AUGUCAACGGGCAAUCCCGAUAAGACUAAAACUAGACUAUCCAAGAAGGACUCGGCUCUUCGUGCAUCCAGCACAUCACCGAUCCCCGCACGGUCAGCUAGUGUUUCGCCCACUUCCGGCACCAAGCCUCUGAUCCUCGUGACCAAACCUCCGUCGGUUCCUUCGACCAAGGCUGCUUCCGUCCCAGUUCCUCGGCUGCCAAUUGUUACGCGUUCUCACAGCAAAAUGGCACACAAUGUGGUAGACUCGGCAUUGAAUAAGUUCAUCGCCGCGACUGACCGUGUCAGUCACUUUGCGUCGCGACUUAACAAUGCUUAUACUGACAGCGCGUCCCUGUACACGUGCCAGGUCCGGAGGGACCAGAUGCGUGCCUUGUGGGACAAGGUCGAGAAGGAGUACGAGGCUUGCUCCUGCGUCAUGUCGGAUGAAAUGACGACAGACGAGUUGCCUACCAUUCAGGCAAAAUAUGAUUACUGCUAUAUUCCCUAUGAGCAGUGGUCCGCUCAGCUAAGUGAGCAAAUAGCUGAUGCCUCCCAGGCCAUCACUCCCCGUACACCCGUACAACCCCAAGCCGUGCCGUUCGUGUCCACAGGGUGUCGCCUACCUCCGUGCGACACCGAAGUUUUCGGAGGCGAUUACACUCGCUGGCCCACCUUCCGAGACUUAUUCACGGCUAUCUACAUCCGAAAUCCUAGACUUCAGCUGCGUAUCCUUUUCAAUUUGCCCGCCAUUGGGCAAGAGUCGGGUGCAGCCAUUCAAGAGUUGCAGAGCACCAUCCAAGGGUGCUUGACGGCCUUAGAGCACUCAAAGAUCAACACGGAGAAUUGGGAUUGCAUCCUGGUUUUCCUGUGUUCUUCGAGGCUCCCCAAAUUGACCCUUUCUCUUUGGGAACAGUCCAUACAGAAUAAGAGCGACGUUCCAACGUGGGCUGACAUGAACGCUUUCCUUCUAGAGCGGUAUCGCACCCUAGAAGCGAUAGCGGAAGUGUCAGCCAGCACGAGCGCUCCGACGGUUCCACGGGCCUCACGAAAGGAGGCCCCGUCGCCAAGCAGCUCGGGCUCUGAUCGACUCGGAUCAGAAGCCACCUUCCUCUCAGAGAAGUUGUUCAAGCGCUUGAGGAUGCCGUAUACAUCCGUGCAAGCCCGCGUUUCUGGGCUGACGCAAGCUGUGGCAGCCCAGCCCCGAAAGUUUUGCCAAUUCUUAAUUGGCUCCCGGUCAGACCCGAUUUGCAGAUCGAGGCGUCGGCCAUCCAGCUGGCAGACCCCAAAUUCCAUGAAUAAGAGCGACGUUCCAACGUGGGCUGACAUGAACGCUUUCCUUCUAGAGCGGUAUCGCACCCUAGAAGCGAUAGCGGAAGUGUCAGCCAGCACGAGCGCUCCGACGGUUCCACGGGCCUCACGCAAGGAGGCCCCGUCAUCAAGCAGCUCGGGCUCUGAUCGACUCGGAUCAGAAGCCACCUUCCUCUCAGAGAAGUUGUUCAAGCGCUUGAGGAUGCCGUAUACAUCCGUGCAAGCCCGCGUUUCUGGGCUGACGCAAGCUGUGGCAGCCCAGCCCCGAAAGUUUUGCCAAUUCUUAAUUGGCUCCCCAGUCAGACCCGAUUUGCAGAUCGAGGCGUCGGCGUACGUCCUCCCCCAGUUAGCGGGGAAUCUGCCUUCAUGUUCCGUCCCACAAACACUCCUCGAAAAUCUGCCCAGCAUCCAGCUGGCAGACCCCAAAUUCCAUGAGAGUUCGCAGAUUGAUGUGCUACUAGGCGCUGACAUCCUCCCGUCCAUUCUGCUCGGCGGCUCUCACCCUAACAUUUGUGGAACCCUCCUCGGUCAAGAGACCAUUUUCGGUUGGAUCCUGACUGGCCCUGUGUCGGGAUCCAUUUCAAGAUCCAUUUCGUCCUUUUCGGCUCGACUGUCCGUCGAGCGAACUCUACCACUGGAGGAACUCCUCUCCAAAUUUUGGGAGGUGGAGGACCUGCCGGCUAGCCCAGCAAAAAUCUGA